UACCCAGUAGUACCAGCAGCACCAGGGGAGGACAACGCCCCGCGGUCAGACGCCCAGUCCCCGGGUCCCUCAGCUCCUCCUCCUCCUCCUCAUCCUCACUCACAGCGACAGCGAGAGCUUUCCGAGGGACAGCCGCCGUGACCGCGACCAACCAGGAUAUUACCCCCGCUACACCGCGCUCCUCUCCGGCCUUCCCUCUCCCGGAGAAGCGGAUUCAACUGGUGGAAGAAGACUCAGAACUCCCAGUCCAUCCUCCGCGGGCCUUUCAGCUCCACUUACCCGCUAAAUUCGUCUGUCCUGCUCCUCUCUGCGCGGUGGAAGCUUUAUCUUUUAAACACAUAUAUCUAUAUAUAUAUAUAGAAUAUAAUAAGUUACCUGACGCAGAAUGGCGGACACAGGCGAAUCCAGCUCCGGUGCCAACUGCCUGGAGAAGUUGAAAAGUUACGUACGGACCCAGAAAGGUUUGAUCCUCGCGGCAGAAAUAGUCGUCAGUUUAAUCGUCCUCAUCUGCUACGCUGCGUCUUUGUAUGGAGGCUACUCCGCUGUGGCCAUCUGUGAGAUGAUCUUCUCCAUGGUCUUCUUCGGCAUCUUCAUGAUGGAGCUGGACAAGCAGUUCGUAUUGGUCAACUGGAUGUGGAGUGAUCUUUUCCGUGCUGGUAUCGGAGCCGUCCUUUACUUGAUCACUUCUCUGAUCUGUGUCAUUGGCGGAGCGGGGGACGGUGCUCGUAUCGCAGGCGGAGUGUUUGGUUUGAUCGCUGGUCUGUUGUUCGCUUACGACACCUACACCAUCUUCCUGCAAGUCAAGAGCACACGGCAGCACACGCCUGCUUCCACCGACGAGAGAGUUUAAACACUCCAAGACGCAUGUGCCUGUGUUAGGAGCGCAGCAGCAACAGCAGAAGAAGAAGAAGAGGACAUUUGUGCAGAUGUUAACAAAAGGGUGGAGCAGAGAAGACGAUGGACAGUAAAGUGAACAGGUCACAGUUUAAUCAAAGCCACUGAACGGUGUGAUAGGACGACAGAUUGGUUUUAGGGGCCUGCGCCUGAGAGGAGGAUGACACCGCCUGAGUGAGCGGCACCAAACAUCUGUGUCUGCAUGUCAGGCAAAAUAAAGAGGACGUCCUCUCAGAAACCUUAAGUCCAACCUCGAUGUGCCACUGAUUUAAAAAAUAAUAAAAGAUAAAAAAAGAAGGGAAAACUGUAAACAACACAGGGUGUAAAAGUUGGUGUAUACAUGUCUACUGUUAAUGCACUGCUGUAUUAAGUAGUUACUGCCAUUGUGGACGUCAGAAGUGAUUGACACAUGAACAGACGCUUUCUGAGCUGUGUAACCUCACGACUUUAAUCUUCUUGAUAUUGAUAAUUGUAUUUUCCUGGAGGUUUCUCACCGGUUUAAACGUUUUCUUCAUGGGUGUGUUACGGUGCCUUAACCAGAUACUUCAUCUUGUUCAUCAUUCACUCCUGAAUCAUAAACAUUUGAUUGGCUCUCUGUCAGUUACCAUGAAUCUCUUGGAGGUUUCAAACUAAUCCGACUUCUGUUGUUGUUUGUUAGACAUCCGCUAACUUUCAACCGCAUCGUUUGUUAUUGAACUAGUGUCGUCCUCAAGUUGUACCUGUAUACUUUGAUUCUUGCUCAGGUUGUGUUAUGUUUUUUUGUUCUUACAUAUUAACACGUUUCUAAGGUGCAGUGUCUUCUUUUUUUUUUGUCAGUUGACACUUUUUACAGUCCAGUUGUUCCGUACAGUUUUUUUUGUACAUGUGGUAGAUUAAGAAAAAAGUUAAAUUUCUAAAGAAAAAACACGUAUAUGAUACAGUAGAAUUUUAAUAUGUUGAGUAACUGUUUCUUUUGGCCUUUUUCAAUAUUUGUCCAACUAAAGUGCCUCGUUGUUAUUUUUUUAUUUUUUUCCUAACAGACUUUACAGGAGUCUGCCGUUUGUAACUUAUAAAAAAUUAAAGCAGUCAAGCUUUGGGAAAUAAAAGCCAUUUUCACUGGAAAUAAAA